GCUGCCGCCACCUCCGCUUCUCGGCCCGGUCCCGUAGCGGCCCGGCCCGCCCGCGGGGCGCGGAGCCGAGGCCCGCGGCCGGCCGCAUGAAGGACUGCGAGUACCAGCAGAUCAGCCCCGGGGCCGCCCCGCCGCCCGCCUCCCCCGGGGCGCGCCGCCCCGGCCCCGCCGCGCCCCCUGCCCCGGGCUCCGGGCCCGCGCCGCCCGGCGCGCCAGCCCCGCCGCGCUGGAGCGGCAGCGGCAGCGGGAGCCUCGGCCGCCGCCCGCGGCGCAAGUGGGAGGUGUUCCCGGGCCGCAACCGCUUCUUCUGCGGCGGCCGCCUCAUGCUGGCCGGCCACGGCGGCGUCUUCGCGCUCACGCUGCUGCUCAUCCUCACCACUACCGUCCUCUUCUUCGUCUUCGACUGUCCCUACCUGGCCCGCAAACUGACCCUUGCCAUUCCCAUCAUCGCUGCCAUCCUCUUCUUCUUCGUCAUGAGCUGCCUGCUGCAGACGAGUUUCACCGAUCCCGGGAUCCUGCCCCGGGCCACGGUCUGUGAGGCAGCCGCCCUGGAGAAACAGAUUGACAACACAGGCAGUUCCACGUACCGGCCGCCCCCGCGGACCCGGGAGGUGAUGAUCAAUGGGCAGAUGGUGAAGCUGAAGUACUGCUUCACCUGCAAGAUGUUUCGGCCGCCCCGGACCUCACACUGCAGUGUCUGCGACAACUGUGUGGAACGGUUUGACCAUCAUUGCCCUUGGGUGGGCAACUGUGUGGGGAGACGGAACUACCGCUUCUUCUACGCGUUUAUUCUCUCCCUGUCAUUCCUGACAGCCUUCAUCUUUGCCUGCGUGGUCACCCACCUGACACUGCGCUCUCAGGGAAGCAACUUCCUCUCCACUCUGAAGGAGACACCAGCAAGCGUGCUGGAGUUGGUCAUCUGCUUCUUCUCCAUCUGGUCCAUCCUGGGCCUCUCAGGGUUUCACACUUACCUCGUCGCCUCCAACCUGACAACAAACGAAGAUAUCAAAGGCUCGUGGUCCAGCAAGAGGGGCGGUGAGGCCUCUGUCAACCCCUACAGCCAUAAAAGUAUUAUCACCAACUGCUGCGCUGUGCUCUGCGGCCCCCUACCUCCCAGCCUGAUUGACCGGAGAGGAUUUGUGCAGUCUGACACCGUGGUGCCCUCGCCCAUCAGAAGUGAUGAGCCAGCCUGCAGAGCCAAGCCUGAUGCCAGUAUGGUAGGAGGCCACCCCUGAACAGGGCUCACUACUUGCCACCUGCUGGCCUGUCCACCCUCUGCACCCACCUGCCGCCCUCCACGCCUGCCGGGACCCUUCCCAUUCCAUCUGAGGGAGGCAGAGCUGCCAAAGACUCCAGUCUUUUCGUAUUUAUUUCCCACCCUGCGUGGCUUUCCCCGAACUGUUCCUUGGCUGUACUCUCUGCUCCCCAAACCCAGGUCCCACAGCCUUGGGCCUUAGGUCCCCUUAGCUGAUGAGUGGCAGGAGUGAAAGGAGAGGCCAGAACCUCUGCAGGCCACUAAGGGGACCAUGCCAGGGUGAGCCCUGUGUGAGUGAGGGCAUGAACUGAGCAUGAGGCCUCCCAGUUGGGGGACCUGCCUGGGGCCCUCAGGAUGAAGCGGGACUGAUGAGCCAUCGGCUCUGGACAGUGGCUAUGGGAGAGGAAGCCUCGGUGGGCUGCUUUGGUUUGUGAGCUCCUUCAUUCUCUUUGUAAUGAACAUUGUUCUUUUUUUCUUUUCUUAUGGAAUUGGCCAAUAGGUUAGAGCUGGGCUUCCAGUAGAAAAGGCAAGGUUGGGGGUGGGUGGGGGGAGCCUGUCAGAGGAAGCUAAACCAGCCAGCCAGGCACCCAGAACCUCAGCUCUUGUACGACUCCUGGGCAGCACAGUAGGAAGUGGAGGCCUUGCCCUCCCCCUGCCCAGGGAGGGCUCUCUAAGGGAUCCCAGCCUGCCCCCCGCCACCUGUCUCCCAAGUUGGGUCUAGGGAUGGGUGGGUUAUGCUCAUGCUGGCAAUACUUGAAAUGGGUUUAUUAAUGCUGGAUAUUUUGCACACUUUUAUAGACAUCUUUUCUACGUAGCCUUUUUUAAAUGGAAGAAGAAAGAAGUCAACCACAUUGCUAUCUGUUUAGUGCCAGGUGAAGGGUUAUCAGAAGGCUAGUUGGUUUUAUUAAAUUUAUUACAAGAGACCUUCUGCUGUGAGUGAGUGCGUGUGUGUGUGUGCGUGUGUGUGUUCAUGCGUGCCCUUGUACGAAUGUGGCUGGCUCCCACAUCCCCUGGGCUGCUUCCUUCCUUCCCCCCAUCCCCCUUGGGUAUCAGGAACAGCCUGAGCCGUGGGGACAAGGAGCAUAUGCAUUGAUCACAAGACACCCCUGGGCUCCCACUAGGGCUCAGCCUCCAUCCUCUUAUCUUUCCUUCCUCCAUGGACUUCAGACAACCAGCAGUGGGGGACUCUGCCACCCCACCCCACCCCUGCCACCCAGCCCCCAGGUUAGGCUUCCAGCUGGGACCUGCCCAGACAGGCUGAGGCUGGGCGUGAUGGGUGGGGUGAUGGCUAUGGGGAGUGGCUGCCACCCUAUAAGCCACACACCCUCUUCCAAGCUCUGAGUAUGGGACCCAGUGCCAGGGACUAUAGGACAAGGUGUUUCUGUUAAUUGGGGGCCUCCAUCCAGAGAAAGAAGGAAGGAACAGGGUGGACUAAGAGGCAAGUGAAGAUUGGCCUAAAUUGGGGCCAGAAACUCAGAGGAUGUUUCUCCUCUGCUGGGACCUGUAGUUUCUUACCAAAAUAGAGAAUUGUCCCUUGAUCACCCUUCUUGGCCCUUCAAGUGGGCUGAAGCCCUUGGAAAGUAACAUAGGAAGUCCCUGGAUAUUGCCCUUCCUCACCCCAGAGGCUAGUGGGUCAUAGAGCUAGGAAGUGCCAGCCACAAAGGGUCCCCUCUGGGAGAAACAGCUUGCCCCAGCCUCAGGGCCCUGGGCCAUUGCAGUGGCCCUGGGAGGUGGGGAGGAAGCUGGCUAGAGGAGGGGGUUCCCACCUGCCUUUUAUUUAAGCCAGUAUUCUUUGUUCCUGCUUGUAAUAAAACUUUUGUUUUUAAGAGCU